UACUCGAUAUACUAUUUGUCCAAUGGCAAAACAUUUAUAAUUUGGGUGGAACAAAUCAAAGGCCCAACAAAUGAAAUUGAACCCAACUCAUCAAAAACCAAGACUUGAGGAUAAAAUUGUCAAAAAAAAAAAAAAAAAAUAAUCAAAGAAAAGAAAAAAAGAGAUGGGAAUAUUGACACUGCCUUCAUUGGUAAGGUUAAAGGCAUCAAUACCAUUACCAGCAAGAUUGAAUUUGUCUGAAAGAGAAAAAGCUCAGUGCUUCUGCAAAUCUGGUUUACAAAACAUUCAAUUAACCGCCACCGCAACACGGCGGAGGAUGAGCGCCGAUGCAACUGCAAGUUCGUCGGAGACGGCGGCGGCGGAAGAUGUGGUGGUCCAAUACGUGGUGUUAAGGAGAGACCUGAUUGACACGUGGCCUGUUGGGAGUGUGGUGACCCAAGGAUGCCAUGCUUCUGUUGCUGCUAUUUGGGAGCACAAAGAUGACCCUUCCACUCUCCUCUAUUGCUCCCCUCCUGCUCUCGAUUCUAUGCACAAGGUUACACUGGAAGUUAAAGGGGAGACUCAAAUUGUGAAUCUUUCAGAAAAGCUCAAGACUGCUGGGAUUUUACACAAACUAUGGAUCGAGCAGCCUGAGAAUUAUCCAACAUGCAUAGCCACUAAGCCAUAUCCUAAAUCCGUGGUAUCGCCUUUUUUUAGAAAGUUAAAACUUUGUAAGUGAUUGUUGUUAAUCUUAUAGGAUAUGAUUACCUGUUCUGAGCUGAACUUUGAGCCAUAGAAUUUCUAGCUACGAGUAUGAGUACUUGGCUUAUUGCAAACAAUUGUAAAUCACAUUUCUUGAGGUUUUACAAAUCCACUGAAUGGAGGAGUAAGGUGAAGU